AUGGCCGCUGAGUCGUCGAAGCCCCCGUCGAAGCGGCGGAUGAGAGUGCAGAAGUCGUGCACCGAGUGCCAGAGACGGAAGCAGAAGUGCAUAAUCCGGCAGUCGGACGCGCCAUGCGUGAACUGCUCGAGGCGCUUCCCACCCGUGGAGUGUGCUAUCAUCCAGGUCGGCUCGUGUAACCCUAAGCCGGCGUACGAGGACCAGGUUCUAACCUUUGACUUGUCCUCGCUUUGCAGGGGGUCGGGGAAGCAACUAGAGGUUUCGUUACAUGGCCGUCAUUCAACAGCCUUACCAGAAACCACGUCCCUGAACCUACCGGAGACUCUGGUCGUACGGAGUCGCCGCAGAGCAGAGACCAGAUCAAAACAUAUCGCUGAUUAUAGCCUUGAAGAAUCAGAAUCGCACUGUUUCACCGACCUCAAAGAUCAAGACAAGGCCCUGGCGCACGGGAAAGCCCGUGCCAGCCUCUUCCUCGAUGGAAACGGCGACCCGAUGGCAUUCUACCACAACAGUCCCGCUACCAUUGGUGGGAUACUCACAGAGGUGACGACUCUCCAUGGAAUGCCGCUUCCUGAAGGCCCUAGAACAGCAGAGCUUCUGCACUUUUAUAUCGAGGUUGUCGCACCUAAUAUGGUGUCGAUCGAUGGCCAGAGCCAACCGCCUGUCUUUCUCACAGAGGUUUUACCGUGGAUGCUUCAAUCCCCUCUGUUUCCUAACAUCGGCAUUCUUAUGUCGUCGACGACUCAAUCGCUUGAGCAAGGUGUCGAAAUCUCAAAGAACCCAGAGUCUCUCGCUCUCAAGGCUCGGGUGCUAUCCAUUGUAGCAGACUACAUGCAGCGACCCUUUGACGCCAUCGCAGUUGAGAUGGUCCGCUCCAUCAUAAAUCUCGUUGUUAUGGAGUGGUUCUGGGGCGCUGAUGAAAGCAUGUUUGCUCAUAUGAGAGGCAUCAAACGCAUGAUUAAGCUUCGUAAAGGCAUGCGAGGACUAGGGGAUAUUGUGGGCGAGUCUAUCAUAAUUCUUACAGACUACGAGAUUGCGUGCGCCUUCGAGACGGACCUCUACUGGCUGGAGAAUGAUCCGGCUCGGAAUGAGGAAAUCCCAGUCCCAAUGACAUGGCCCAACUGCUACGACAGCCCAUUGCUGGCGUCCUCAUCUCGAUUCGAGAGCAUCGCAGGGAAGCUUGGGCUAUGUGCAUCAACGGCCAAGAUUCUGGACGACGUACGGUUUCUCACGGUUUCCGUCACGUCGGCAUCGGCCUCGGCGAGCGGCAAAUCGAAGAUUCGCACCACCGCAUCGUGGCUGUAUGACAAACUGCGAGAUAGAGGCGCAGUCGGCCCCACCAUCAUCAAAUCGGAAGAGGAAUGGAUUCUCGAGACCGUCCGGAUUGCUGCUCUGAUCUACAGCUGGUCCAUCAAGUCGAUGCGCCAGAUAUCUCGAUUCUACGACAACGAGACGCUCGAGGCUGCGUACCUGGCGCUGACGAGCGUAAGCAUGACAACAUGGAAGCGGAUCCCGGGGGUUUUUCUCUGGAUCAUGUUGGUGGCGGCCCCGAACGCGGCACCGGACGCCAAGGGGAGGUUCAUUAGGAGGAAAAUGGCCGUCACGGGGCUGUCGAUCGGGUUCGAGGACUUCGCGCUCGGGAUAUCGUAUCUCAAGGCCUUCUGGAGCGUCCAACAGUGGAUCGCCAAGGAAGGCGACGCGGGGGUACAGAGGCUGGAGGACAAGUGGUCUUCGGGUCUUGGCCGGGAGGCUCGGUCGAAUCAUAAGAAUCACGAGAACAUCAGACCCUCGUAG